CUUCGGUGGAGGCAGUUAUGGAGUACUUCAACAUGGUAGCUUUUUCACUUUUAGUGAGUUGGAUUACAGCAGAGUUUGUGAGACUGAGGAAGGCCCUUCCUGAGGGUGGAGGGGUUGGAGAAGGGUCAGCAGGAAAAACGUAUAUGGUUUUAGAUUGGCUUAUAGCUCUCUGUAACAUCUUAAUCUCCAUCAUCUAUCUGGGAUUUUGCAUCCAUGAGACUUGGAAGCUAAAGACAGUCCCACCCUUGGGAUUUGUUUUCUCUGCAAUGUGCUGGAUUCUGGUAACUCUGUUUGCACUGUAUUACAAGCAAAAGAGAGUGGGAGGGAGCCACUGUUGGCCUUUAGUCCUUGUUUCAUGGUGGGUGUUCUCUAGCUUGCUAAAAUUCUUCACCAUAUCCAUACAUCUUUUCAACCAUUGGAGCAAAGUAGCAUUGCCGGAUAUCUUUCCAGCUGCAAACACUAUUGAUUUUGCUUCCUUCCCCUUAUCUGUUUUCCUCUGUUUCGCUGCUCUCUUCAUGAAUGCCUCAGAACGUAAUCCAGAACUCAAACAACCUCUGCUGUCAGAAGUAGAGAAUGAGACUUGCCGAGAUAAUUUCUCCAAUGCCGGGUUCUGGAGCCUCCUAACGUUUCGAUGGUUGAAUCCAGUCCUUGCGAAGGGUCGAGCCGAAAGGCUCGAGCUUCACCAUGUUCCAGUAGUUCCUCAAUCAGAGACUGCAGAGAAAGCUUAUUCCUUGUUGCAAGAAUCGCUUCGAAGGCAGAAGCCUGAGUUCUUACCAUUGCCAAGAGCAAUCAUAGGUGCUGUUUGGAAGCCUUUGGCUAUUAAUGCACUCUUUGCUGGCCUCAAUACUGCUUCUUCCUAUCUGGGUCCAUUUCUCAUUACCAACUUCGUGGAAUUUCUCUAUGGGAAGGAUUCCACCUUUGGAGAUGGCUAUGGAUACAUUCUUGCUUGCAUCUUCUUGUUUGCAAAGACUCUGGAAUCACUGUCUCAGCGGCAGUGGUACUUCGGUGCACGUCAAAUUGGCGUCCGAGUCCGAGCAGCGCUAAUGGUGUCCAUUUAUGACAAGUCUCUUAUGAUGAAGUACUCAGGCUCGAGCAUGGGUAAGAUCAUAAAUUUCCUCGAUGUGGAUGUUGAAAGGAUUGGAGAUUUCUUCUGGUACAUCCAUGGCAUAUGGUUGCUUCCAUUCCAGGUGUUUCUGGCUUUAAUCAUUCUAUACAGAAACCUUGGUGCAGCAGCCUCAUUCUCGGCACUCCUCACAACAAUUCUAGUCAUGGUGAGCAAUACUCCACUGGCCAAUUCUCAGGAGAGGCUCCAUUCCAAGAUUAUGGAAGCAAAGGACUCAAGAAUCAAAGCAACAGCAGAGACACUAAAAUGUAUGAGGAUUUUAAAACUGCACUCUUGGGAGAAUGCCUACAGGGAUAAGCUGUUCGAACUGAGAGACAAGGAGAGGAGCUGGCUGAGGAGAUACCUUUAUACAUGCUCAGCCAUUGCCUUUCUCUUCUGGGCCUCUCCGACGCUGGUUUCUGUCGUCGCCUUUGGUGUCUGCAUUUUGGUGAAGGCACCACUGAGUGCAGGCACAGUUCUCUCAGCUCUUGCCACAUUUAGAAUCCUCCAAGAGCCAAUCUACAAUCUCCCAGAGCUUGUCUCUAUGAUCACACAAACGAAGGUCUCCAUUGACAGAAUCCAAGACUUCAUAAAAGAAGAGCAACAGAGACCUUCAAGGCCAAACGACAUCAAACAAGCCUCAGAUGUUGUGAUAGAGAUUGAGCCUGGGGAGUACACUUGGGAAGCUGAUUCCAGUUCGAAAAGGCCCACCCUCAAGAUUGAUAAGAAGAUUGAAAUCAUGAGAGGAGACAAGGUUGCUGUGUGUGGGUCGGUUGGAUCGGGGAAAUCGAGCUUCCUGUGCAGUAUAAUUGGAGAAAUUCCAAGAAUUAAUGGCGCAGGAAUCGAAGUAUUCGGAUCGAGAGCUUAUGUGCCUCAGAGUGCUUGGAUUCAGACAGGAACCAUCAAAGAGAAUGUGCUUUUUGGGAAGGAGAUG